AUUGUUGUUCAAUUCAUGCUCGAAUUGAGUUUCAAGUUGAGUAACCUUUAACAAUUGAAUUAUUCACAUGCACAACGAUAUCCCUAUAUAAUCAGGAUUGUAGACCGAUCAAUUUAUGAGUUAGACCCCCUUUUGUCAACUUACAGGAAGGUGGGCCCGGGAGGUGGGCAUACAUUAUUUAAUGUGUGCUACCACGCCAUUUAGAUUGGUCGUAUAUUUUUAAUGUGAACGAGUUACUCUCCAGACGCAAAGUCAUUCGCAGUGAUAAAGACAAGAAUGAGCUGUAUGUAAUAGAGUGUGCGUUCAAGAAUCAAUGAAGAAUAGGUUCCUCAGAGAGCUCUCAAUCAGGCUGUACUGAAUUCAUCUGAAUUUGGCAUUUUGGCUUAGGACUCACAAUGGAGUCAAACUCGAAUCAGCAAAUAGGUGGUCAACCAUCACUACCAAAACCAGAACCUCAGGACCAGACAUCAUCAAUACCUCAAAACAAACCAUCAUCCCCACCACCACCGCCACCAUCAUCAUCUUCAUCUUCAUCAUCACCAUUAAGCAAACCAACAUUAUCACCACCUGCACCACCACCAUCAACAUCAUCAUCACCACCACCAUCAACGUCACUUUCUAAAUCAUCACCUCCAACUGCACAAUCACAACAACAAAUCAAGGUUUCGUCCCCACCAACACCACCACCAACAAAAACCUCUCCAUCACCACCACCACCAGCACCAUCAUCAUCACCACCAUCAUCAUCAACUGCACCAUGGAUGGAUGUCAAGCUCCAGUGGAUCCUCAUCAUCUCUCAUUGGAUGUUAGUGUUUGGACCUGUUGUAUUCAUCAAGAUGAUAAUGAUAGCGGCCAUCUCCUACUUUGCCUUUACCAUCCUCACUACCAAACGCACAAUGGAUUCACUGUCAAAGAUGUUCAAAGAUGAUAAGGGUACCAAGAAGGCCCACUAUGAUGUCGCUAUCGUUGGAGCUGGUCCAGCUGGGUCUACCCUGGCUUAUUACCUGGCAAAGUCUGGUCGGAAGGUUCUACUCUUGGAAAAGAAAAAGUUCCCCCGAGACAAAUAUUGUGGCGAUGCAGUCUGUAAGACAGCGGUAGAGAUACUGAUGGAUAUGGGUAUCUAUGACGAUCUUAUAAACCAGAAAAAGGCCCAUGUGGCAGACAGUGGAGGUCUUGUUAGCCCUGGUGGUUUGAGCUUCAUAGGGCGGAGUCUUGAGAUCAUGGGUGAUAUCCCAGCAGCCAUUGCAUGUAAGAGACUCCAUCUUGACAAUGCUAUUGCCAUGGCAGCUAAAAAAGCCGGGGCGGAUUUGAAGGAGAACAGUUCCGUAUCGGCUGCUACCCUUGAUAAAUCAACAGGACUGUGGACCAUGUUUCUGGAGGGUGGGGAGCAGCAGACCUACCAGGCACGUGUUCUAGCCUGCUGCGAUGGUGCCCCGUCCACCAUGGCUACCAAGCUAGGUAUCAUUGAUACCCCACCCCAGGGAUCAUGCUCUAGGGCGUAUGUAGAGCCGGGGACCCACAGGUUUAAGGCUGAUGGUGUGGUGAUUUAUAACAAAGACAUGCUCCCAGGAUAUUCUGCCCUAUUCCGCCAUCCAAACAACGAGCUUAAUUACUGUGUCUACAUAAUCCCUGGUAAUCCUCAAAUUGGCAAUGAUGACCUACCCUAUUGGCAUGACAACAUCAUGAAAAAUGAUCCCUAUGUCAGCAGGGCACUAGGGGACAAGGCUAAAGUGGAAAGGAUGAAAGUUGCUAGUCUGCGUUUUGGUGGUGUACCGCGUUCCUAUGGCAACCAGGUAAUUCUUGUCGGAGAUGCAGCUGGCAUGAUUGACCCUAUGACAGGGGAAGGAAUCCAUCUUGCCAUGGAUGGCGGACGCUUAGCGGCAAUGUUCUUGGAGGAGGCCCUCGCUCAUGGGAACGUGUCCAGGGAGGCUAUGGAGAUCUAUCAUCAGCGCUGGAUGGAUAAGUUUGGACACGAUUUCAAAUGGUCAUCAUAUAUUAGUCAACUUCAAUAUAAGUUCCCAAUAUUACUGGAUGCAGCAACAGCAGGUAUUCAACGUAAAGGUGAUUCUUUCAUGGCCAAAUGGGCGGACAUCAUGACCGGUCGAGUGCCAAAGGUCAACCUACUUAGACCGGAGUUUGUUAUUGUUGUUGGCUUUGAACUUGCUUGCCUCCUGUCUCAGCGAUUACUUGGGUUUGAAUCAGGAGAUACAAGUCAGGAGCAUGAAGCAAGGCAAAAGGAAGAGUGACAAAAACAAUCAUGAACAGUCAAGAGGAAAAUAUAUUUUGAUAUUCUAUGAUUAUUUAAGAUAUAUGAUAAAAUCACUGUGGAAACAAGAAGUUAUGCCCAAUGAAAUAAAGUCAAUCAUACCCUUGCCAAAUUUCGUAAUUGAGAUGUACAUGAACAAUUAUCUUGUCCCGAUUUAUGUUUAGAAGAUGAAUAUGACAUGAUUAUCGAAGCUUAGAUAGCUUAACAAAAAAAAUGUCUGUUGCCUAAUAUAAUAGCUUCACAGCUUAUUGGGUUUCACUGCGAUUUUUUUGUAUUCCUAAUUGGUUUGUCUAUGCAUUAAUGGUAGGAUUACAAAGGAAAAGAUGCUGAGUGGGUUCCUGAUCAAAUUUGGCUUGGAGUUUUACUUCUUGUUAUAUCAUCUUUUUUUAAACUAUUUUUUCCCUAACCAUUUUCAAACAAUCGAUAGUAAUGACCAAAUUGCUUUUCAAUUAUCUGUAAUUGCAGGAACCAAAAAUUCAAUAUAGAUGAACACAUUCUUCUUAUCAAACAUAUUUUUAUACAUAUUUGAUACUACUAUUUUCAUACUACUUUGAACAUUCGGUAUAGUUUGAUGAAACACUCCAAGUUGUAAUUACUCUCGAAUCACAGAGGCAAUUAAUAUUCAUUUUCAAAUUUUUUUAGACUUUGUUGAUGGAAACAAAAUAAAUGUUUAAAUCAGAAAAAUUAAAGUAGAGCUCAUUUUUUUUGUCUCAAAUAUUGAUGCUGCUGACUGAUUUAGAAUAGAUUUCUGAAAAAGGAUGGACGGUUAAUCACAAAGGAAAGAAAUUUUAUUCUAUUCCUUAUACUAUUUACAUUCUCAUACAUGUUGAAGAUGGAGGGUGAACCUAGAAUUAAGUCUGGAGUUAAACCUAGGUUUAAUUAUGAAGAUUCAACACAUUCUGAAAGAAGGAUGUUAUUACACUCUUACAUUGUAAGUGGAGUAAGCAUAAGUUAUGGUUUAGAAAGUCUUUAAAACUAUAUAUAUAACCAGAGAAUAUAUGUGAGAAUGUCACCAAAAAUGAAUUGGUAUUGUCAACCUCACUCUCUACAGUGCGUCCCAAAAAAAACUAUACACUUUUGAAAUGGCUGCCAAAUAAAAAAUGUAGCACUUUGGGGGAAAAGACUUACAUAUAUAGAAAGCCAAUAAAGUCAACUUUUAAAUAACACCAAAAAGUUGGAAAAACUAUUCAUGCUUGAGCGAGCACUGCCCACUGAAACAAAGGGUAUGAAAAUUAGGGUGGGCUGGAAUUAGCCUUUCAACUUAUGUCAGUUUUUGAGAGGCAAAUCCUUUCGAACUUGCAAAGUUAAGGGCGUUGUGAUAAAUUAAUGAUCAACCGUGACCAGUUUUGGUUGCUUAAGCAAUUUUUUUAAAUUAUUAAAUUGAACUUUAAUGCAUGAGUGAACAUAAAUUACACUUUCUGGGCAGCAUUUCAACUUUAUCAUUUGGAUCUCUUUUGGGGCAGCAUUUCAACUUUAUUAUGUGGAUAUCAGCAAUGUGUUCAUGGGUGUCGGAAGAAUAGGGGGGGGGUAGGACUUAAGUGGGAGAAGUAGGUUGAUGGAACAAGGGUCAACAGAACAUUCAGCCCCCGCCCCCUCCCUCUUUCCCGCCCCCCCCCUCCUGUUGAGAGACUGAUGGCUAUUGUCAUGUACAAGUGAAGUCCAGAGCAGAAUGUUGAUUUAAUGAUUAAUUCUGAAUUGGGGCAUCAACUUUUUCCUAUCAAUCAUUCAAUCAACAAUUCAUCAGUAAAUCAACUCAUUCAAUGUGCAAUGUGACCAAUCAAACAUUCGUUUUUUUCAAUAAAUUACUUCAUUAAUCACCAUAAUCAUUAAAUUUCUUGGUAAUCAUUAAAUAAAAAAAACUGACCAUCAGCCACCGGUCACUUGGCAGUUAAGUUUUGAAUAGGCUACAAUCCAUGAAAUGAGACAGAGAAAGAGAGAGAGGGGGGGGGGGCUGGGAAAUGGAGGUGGAGAGGGGAGGGUACAUAUGACUUUUAAUUUGUAAAAGGACAAAAUGAAGAGGAAUGCCCUUUUAACCAAGUCUUAGCAAGUUAGCAUAUCUCGGCCUGUUGCUUGUAACAUGUACCAUCACAUUAAUCUGACUCGCACGAAUACACUUCUGAGGUCCACAAGAUGAAUAUGCUACACUAAAAUUACAAUUCCUGUUCACUCAUGCAUAACAUUUCAAUUUAGUAACUCAUGAAAUUUGCCUAAGAAACCAAACCUUAUCUCACUCAUAAAUAGCAGAACACCCUUAGCUUUGUAAGUUCCAAAGGACUAACCUCUCAAAAAAACUGUAAGGCUAAUUCCUGCCCAGCCUAGUCAAGCUUAGUCUCUCAAGAAGUGGGGGGAGGGGGUAGAGAUGGAGGGAGGGGUUGCUAAAUGUUCUGUUGACCGUUAUACCAUCAACGUACUACACCUACCUACAUGUAAGUCAUAUUACCCCCCUCUUCUGACUGUCAUGAAUACAUUGUUGAGAUCCACAUGAUAAAGACAAAAUGCCGCACUAAAAAUUGCAAUUCAUGAUCACUCAUGCAUUACAUUUCAAUUUAAUAAUGCACUACAUUUUCACAAACAACAAUCUGAUCACAUCUGAUCUCUUAUUGACCAAAUAACCCUCAACUUUGCAAGUAUCAAACAAAAAAACCUGAGAGAAAUUGGAAGGCUAAUUCCGGCCCACCCUAAUUUUCAUACCCUUUGUUUCAGUGGGCAGUACUCGCUCAAGCAUGAAUAGUUUUUCAACUUUUUGGUGUCAUUUGAAAGUUGACUAUAUUGGCUUUCCAUAUCUAUAAGUCUUUUACCCCAAAGUGCUAAAUCUUUUAUUUGGCAGCCAUUUCAAAAGUGUAUAGUUUUUUUUGGGACGCACUGUAUUUUGUCUUCUUCCAGCUCCCCUCUUAUUUUCUUUUUUUUUCUAACUCUUCCUCUCUCUCUUUCUCUAACAUCAUUAAAUAAGGACAAUAUCCCCCUUAACCAUCUUUUUAAGAAUUUUGUAUUAAUAAAUCUCUAUAAUUGUG